CUGCUGCCCCGAUGGCGUGCGCGGGGAGGGCGAGGCCGGCCGGCCCCUGGAGGUUGCCGGGAGGCAGGCCCAGGCUAGGUGAACAGUGGUGGGAGGCGGGUGAAGCUGGCACGCAGGUGACUUCCCGGUAACUCGAUCUUCCCUGCUGCUCUUCUCUCCCUCCUGCCUCCCUCCACCCCCUGAUCUUCCUCUCGGCCUCCCUCGCUCCACGCGGCUGGCGGUUUCGGAGGCCCAGCCGUGAGGUGUUGCCUGCCCGGCUCAGGGCCGCCCUUCCUGCCGUGGGGCCGUCUCCUCUGCCUUGGGCACGUGUCCUUUCGCCCGGCCCGGGUCACCGAGAUGGGAGUGUUUGUCUCUGGGCCCCCGGCUGCCAGGGCGACCCCGUCGGGAGCGUCCGCUGGGGCAAGAUGAAUCAGCCUCCAGCAUUCAGCAACGGGACCUCCUCUAACAGAGUCUCAGCGUCGCCCGCCCAGGUGGCUGUGGGGCUACUGCAGUCUGGACUCCUCUCCAUGAAGGACCCCAUGCUCGCUUCCAGUGAAGAUGCCCCCCAGGGCGGCAGUCUCUGGAAUGGCUCCCAAGGUGGUGAGCAGAUUUUUCUGACCACUCCAGCUGCUCGGGGCAUCUCAGGAGUCUUCGUGUGGUCAGCACUGGUGCUCACCUGUCACCAGAUCUACCUGCACCUGCGCUUCUACACUGUGCCCCAUGAGCAACGCUACAUCAUCCGGCUCCUCUUCAUCGUUCCCAUCUAUUCUUUCGACUCCUGGCUCAGCCUCCUCCUCCUCGGCAGCCACCAGUACUAUGUCUACUUCAACACUGUGCGUGACUGCUACGAAGCAUUCGUCAUUUACAGCUUCCUGAGUCUGUGCUUUGAGUACCUGGGCGGCGAGAGCGCCAUCAUGUCAGAGAUCCGUGGAAAGCUGAUCAAGUCCAGCUGCUUCUACGGGACCUGCUGUUUGCCGGGGAUGUCCUAUUCCAUUGGCUUCCUGCGCUUCUGUAAGCAAGCAACUCUGCAGUUUUGCAUUGUGAAGCCCAUCAUGUCUCUGGUCACCAUAAUACUGCAGAUGUUUGGGAAAUACCAUGAUGGAGAUUUCAAUAUCCACAGUGGCUACCUCUACGUCACCAUCAUCUACAACAUCUCGGUCAGCCUGGCCCUGUAUGCUCUGUUCCUUUUCUACUUUGCUACCAAGGAGCUGCUGCGCCCCUUCGAGCCAGUCCUCAAGUUCCUCACCAUUAAAGCCGUCAUCUUCCUCUCCUUUUGGCAAGGGAUGCUGUUGGCCAUUCUGGAGAAGUGUGGGGUGAUUCCCGAGAUGCAAAUCAUCAAUGGUAAAGAGGUGGGGGCUGGGACGGUGGCUGCAGGGUACCAGAACUUCAUCAUCUGUAUUGAGAUGUUCUUUGCUGCCAUCGCUCUACGCUAUGCCUUCACCUGCCAAGUGUACUGGGAGAAGAAGGAGAACUCACCAGUGAACGUAGCCCCGAUGCAGAGCAUCUCCAGCGGCCUGAAGGAGACCAUAAGCCCCCAGGACAUUGUCCAGGAUGCCAUCCACAACUUCUCUCCCGCUUACCAGCAAUACACCCAGCAAUCCAUGCAAGAAGCCAAGGGGCCGGGGCAAAACGGGUCCAUGACUCCCACGCCCAUCCCACCCAGCGUCAAGAGGAGCAAAAGCAUCGAGAAGAGGGUGCUGAUCCUUUCGGAUGAGCUGUAGGGACCAGUGUGGAGCACCGGAUGUAAUCCCUCUUUGCCUAUGGAACUGUUCCUGGGCACAGGCCAAGGCAGCUCACCCAGGACCAACGAUGGAAAAUGGUUUCUUGGUGUGGGAACGGGAGAGGGUGAGCAAUAACAAUAGAGGAGGAAUCUGGCCUCAAAGAGCCCGGCACUACUCCGACACUAAUGGACUCCCUCUUGGGUCUCUGCCAUUUGAGUCUGGCAGCACAAAGCGGGACGCUGUUGUCUCGGUUAGAAUUUCUAGGAGAUCUGCCACCUGGGAAAGAUGGCAGGGGGUUCUGCCUUGUCGUAGGUACUGUCAGCAAGAAAAGCUUGAGGCCUGGUCAUACUUCUUGCUGAUUUCCCUGGACUUGGGUAAUGGAUCUCAUGUGUCUCUGAGUUGCAAAGAACCCAUUGCAAGACCUCUGGAACUACUUCUUGAUGGUGAAGGAGAGGAGCGGAGGACCCCCCUGAGUUUCCAUUUCAAUAGACCACAUUUCAGCGGACCAUGCCCUGUUCUGCUCAGAUCUAAUGGCCUCAUUACCCGGAAUCACUCAAGGCUGGAGCCGUUUGAUCAAUACGCUAGGUGGAAAUUCCCACUGAUUUUUCUCUGCAAAUCUCACCCCCAGCUGCAGCCAAGGCACAGAAGACCUUAAGGGGUGCAGUACCCAAUCAAGGACACUCACUGUGGAACACCCCCAAGGGCCAAAGACAUGAAUCAUAGCGUGAAUCACCAGUCCUGGUCCCAAGGGAAUUCACCUGAAACUGAGCUGUCACCAAACUGGGCCCAUUUUUUUUUCCCCCCCAAAUGACUAGUCAUUCAGAGACACAUUGGAGUCCAGUAGUGGAGAGGGAGUGGGCCUGUUUUUUUCAGACUUGCUGAAUGUGCUUGGGACUGGUUGGAGGGGCAACAUUCUCUGCUGGACUUUUAAGAGACCAAUACUCAGAAGUAGGGGAUUUCUAUUUCUGUAAAGGGAACAGUGUCUUGUCUUUGCCUCUCUUCCCUGGAAAGGUCUCUGAAGGACCCUCCAUGUGCUAAAUUCUCAACUUGGCCUUGGGGGUGUUGUUCUGAGGAUGGCUUUGAGUGUGUGUGUGUGUGUGUGUAGGAGAGAGAAAGCGAGCGUGUACUUUCUCUAAAUGGUAGUGCCUGAAAAACCUAGCUCUUAGCUUCCAAGCUGAGGAAGUUACCUUUUCUUUCUGCCCAGAAAAGGAGAUAGAGGCAAUCUGGGCUUGGAUCCUUUCCCAGCUGGGCCACUGAGGCUGGGGAUUCCUCAUUAUGCCACAAUCAGCAGGAAGCGAAUUGCUAUUAUUUAUAAAUACAAAUGUUCUGAUUUUCUAAUGAGUUGACUGGCUUCUCCUUCUGGGGUGUGGCCCCUUUUCCCGGCAGAACCUCAAGUGGGGUCAAGUCCAGACUGCUCCCAGGGGGAGACAUCCCCUGUUGCCCCAAGGGUGUCUGACCCUUUGUUGCUGUUCCCCUGGUCUGAAGUAUAAUACGAUAGUAGCGGCCCCUUCUCUUUGAAUUGCUCCAAGCCCUUCACGGCGCUCCCGAGAGCUGAUCUUUCUUAUUCCCACAAGGUCAGUUGGAAGACAGGAAGGGUUUAUCCACA